GGCGGGGCGCUGCGCGGCGGCUGCGCGGGGGGACACGGCGGGGAGGGACGGACCAGGAAUUAUUUUUAUUUCUUUGUUUCCCGGGGAAAAAAAAUAGGAAAAAAAAGGGGAAAAAAGAAAAAUAAACGAAAAAAAAAGGCCCCGCGCUCGGGAACCCCCCGCGGGGGCGGAUGGUGCUGCCGUGAGCGGGGCGGGCCGGGCCGGGCCGGGCCGGCGGGAUGAAGCGGCGGAGCGCGGACUGCAGCAAACUGCGGCGGCCGCUCAAGCGGAACCGCAUCACCGAGGGCAUCUACGGCAGCACCUUCCUGUACCUGAAGUUCCUGGUGGUGUGGGCCCUGGUGCUGCUGGCAGAUUUUGUGCUGGAGUUCAGGUUUGAGUACCUGUGGCCCUUCUGGCUCUUCAUCAGGAGCGUUUACGAUUCCUUCCGAUACCAGGGCUUGGCCUUCUCAGUAUUUUUUGUGUGUGUAGCAUUUACUUCCAACAUCAUCUGUCUGCUCUUCAUCCCAAUCCAGUGGCUGUUCUUUGCUGCCAGCACCUAUGUGUGGGUACAGUAUGUGUGGCACACAGAAAGAGGUGUGUGCUUACCAACAGUAUCACUGUGGAUACUUUUUGUUUAUAUUGAAGCAGCCAUUAGAUUUAAAGAUUUAAAAAACUUCCAUGUGGACCUUUGUCGUCCAUUUGCAGCUCACUGCAUUGGCUACCCUGUUGUGACUUUGGGCUUUGGCUUUAAAAGUUACGUCAGCUACAAGAUGCGUUUGAGGAAGCAGAAAGAGGUGCAGAAGGAGAACGAGUUCUACAUGCAGCUCCUGCAGCAGGCACUGCCCCCAGAGCAGCAGAUGCUGCAAAGGCAAGAGAGGGAGGCAGAGGAAGCAGCCAAAGGAUUAUCUGAUAUGGAUUCCUCAAUGCUCCUGCAGCACAAUGGAGGCAUUCCAGCCAAUAAAAAAAUCUCUGCAACAUUGCCAGAGCUGGAAUAUCGAGAAAAAGGGAAAGAAAAGGACAAGGAUGCAAAGAAACACAACCUUGGAAUAAACAACAACAUUUUGCAACCUGUAGACUCUAAAAUACAAGAAAUUGAAUAUAUGGAAAACCAUAUCAAUAGUAAAAGAUUAAAUAAUGAUCUUGUAGGAAGUACAGAAAACCUUUUAAAAGAGGACUCAUGCACUGCCUCGUCCAAAAAUUACAAAAAUGUCAGUGGGGUUGUGAACUCCUCACCCCGCAGCCACAGUGCAACCAACGGGAGCAUCCCCUCCUCAUCCUCUAAAAAUGAGAAAAAACAGAAAUGUGCCAGCAAGAGCCCGAGCACACAUAAGGACUUAAUGGAAAAUUGUAUUCCUAAUAACCAGCUAAGCAAACCAGAUGCACUGGUAAGGGUGUUUUUGAGCAUUUCUAGUUCACUGAAGGAAUUCAUUUUCCCAGGAGGGCUGGGGAGGCAGGAGGGGGCUGAGGCUGGAGUUGUGGGAGGUGUCCCAGCCCAUCCACGCUCCUUUAGAGGAUGCUCCUGGCUCUUCAUCCACCCUCUCAUCUUCUCAAUUCCAUGGAUUUGCACAGAUUCACUUCCCCUCUGGAUCCAGUGGCACAGGAUGUUCUCACUGCUCAUCUCUCAGUGCCUUUUAGCUCAGACUCCUGAGCACUUUCCUUUGCUGUUCACAGGGCAGAUCCUGCAGAAGGACCAGGAAAUCAAGGAGCUCAAACAGAAGAUUGCAGAGGUGAUGGCAGUGAUGCCCAGCAUCACCUACACAGCAGCCACCAGCACCCUGAGCCCCGUGUCCCCACAUUAUUCUUCCAAAUUCGUGGAGCCCAACCCCUCUGGACUGGACCCCAACGCCUCUGUCUACCAACCCCUGAAAAAAUGAAUGAAUGCCAAGGUUUCCCUCUGCCCUGGGGCUGCAGGAGCUGCCAGGGGGGCUCUUGCAGUCAGGAUAAAAUUGUUUUAUGUGGGACUGUGUUUGUUGUUGUUUCCAGCAGGAGGAAAGAGCGUUGACUUGAGCUGCCCAUCAGGUUUUGGGGUUUUUUUUCUUGUAAAUUUUUAGAGAAACCUCACGGAACUUUGCGAUUUCUUUUCCUUGGCCAACGCAUUAAAAAUGAUUCUUGGUUUUCAAGUAGCCAAUUUUGCCUUUUUAUGUACUCUUGCAUGGUUUCCUCUUGAAAAACAAACAAACAAAAACAAACAAACCACAGGGCUUUGCUUGGUUUUAAACCCUUUCUCCCUCACUUUUUUAUUUAAUGAUCAAAUUGAAUUUACAGAUUCAUCCAGUGAGGAAAAGCCUGGAGUUUUCCCAGUGAAAGGGUUAAACAAAAUCCAACAAAGCUUUGAUUUCUAGAUGUAUUAAAUACAAACAAGUGGUAUGUUGCAGAAGAUAAUUUGAUUUAUUUUUUUUUUUUUCCACCCCUUUUCAAAGGACCAAACAAAUUCCAGGGGCGUUGUUUAAGGGAAGGAAUAAAGAAUAGCUGAUGAUGUGAUGGUGGUUGUUGUGUGAAAUAUUUCUAUCCCCAUUGGUGUUUUAUUUUUAAUUACUAAACAGUCUUGUUCACAGUGCCUUGGGAAAAGACAUUUCAAGAGGAAACUUGAUUUAUAAACUUAAUUUUUUGCCCCCCACACUUGACUGUCAACAGAGCCUGCUGCAACUCGUGGUGAUUUGGGUCUCUCCAUCCUCUUGUUUCUUUUGGUCCAAGCUCUGCAGUUGUUUUUCUGCAGCAGAUCCCUCCAGGAGAGCAAACAAAAAUGUUCUGUACACGAGAGACUGUAAAGCUGCCUAAUAAAAGCUGCAGUUCUGGGG